UGUAGACACAAUAGAUAAUUUAUUUAUACCUAAGCUAAAAUUAUAUAUUUUGCGCAAUAAAUUAUAUUUACAGUCUUUUUGAAGAGGGGAAUUUUAUAGAGCUGAUUCUGAGUAUCAACGCUAUUAAAUUGUUUGUCAAUUUAAUUUGUAAAAUUACGUAUUUUCAAUCCUCAUGUAAAGAAAGUGUUUCAAGACCGGUAAAAUUGCAACACGCAAGCUAAUAAGUGGUCUUACUUACAAAAAAUGUAAUACUGAGCAGUAUUAAAUUGUAUUACUCAUUAUUUCAAGUGUUAAAGGACUAACAGCAUUACUGUUUAAUUGGAGAUAGUAAAAAUUAAACAAAAAUUAUUAUUUGGCACAAAUUCGCUGCAGAUAAUAUAGGCGAUCUUAUUUUAUUUUUAUAUAUAUUCGAUAUAUAUGUCGUUUAGUGGAGUUAAAACAGACUAUAUUUAAAAAACAAAAUAGAAUUGAAAUUUUAUUUUAAAUUUUGCUCACAACUUCAUUCAUUUAGACACAACCUAUUAAAUUUUAGUUAUGUUUUUUAUAAUUAUUUAUAAAUUGACAAGUAUUAAUUAUAGACGAAUUAACUCCGUUUAGUAAUAUAUUUGAUCAAUAAGAAUUAAUUCAAUUUUCUGUCUCCAAAAUGUCUAGAAUUUCUUUAAAAACUCCCAGCACACUCCAACAUACAAGAGACAAAUGGCUGAAAAAAGAUUUAAGAUUAAAACCGUUCGGAUUUUGUUGUUCCCUCGAUCAUUUCGAUCCUCUUACACGAUACGAUCAACGAAUGCCGCCUUACAAGUCUUCACUGACAGCAAUAACUUCCGUUCACGAAUGUCCAGUGAUUAAAUUGCAAACAAAAUUUAUUAUGCCCCGACUUUCCCGAGAGAAGAAAAAACUGCCCAAAACAAAAGCGUCAGACAUGGUAGAACACCAAUGGUUGAAGAAUAGUGGAUUAAAUUAUACCCAGUUUGAGAAAAACAAUCGCUUUAUAAAACGAUAUCUAGAAGAUGAAAUUGCAUUGGCAAAAGAUAUUUUUUGGGCAGAAAAACGAAAAAUUCAUGAGGAGAAAAUCAGUAAAGCAAUAAAAACAGCAAAGAAGAAAAAGAAAGUUUAUAAUUGUAAUGAGAGGAUAAUACUGUCAGCUAUUGCAUUUUUAACACUACCAGAGACAGUAAAGGAAUUGCACAAGAGAUUGCCAGCAGUAACUGUGCCAAAAUUGCCACCAAAACCAAAACUAAUAACAUGUAUGCCGAGGCGAAAAAAUAUCUGUCCUUAUAAAGAAGAAUUAUUUACACGUCCUGAUUGGGCUAGUUAUCGAAAUGCUUUGCAGAAAUGGCGAAAACAUUGUAAACUAAUUGCAAUUCCAAAAGUAAUCUUACCACUGAAUGAAUAUUAUGGCCAGUCUUUUAUUAAUAAGAAAUUAGAGAUAACAAAAGGGGAAAGAGAUAUCACUACUGAGCAUUUUGAUAAAAUCAAUAUAAAAGAAUUACAAAAAGUUUCCUCAACUAUGUAUGACCAGAAAGACUUUAAAGAUGCAGAUUCUUCAAGAGAGAGAAAUUUAAACUCGGAAGAGUUAGCAACUUCUAACAUUUUUGGACUGCCAGACAACGGGAAAAAGUUUGAUUUUAUUAGGAAUCUUGACGAAAAGCCAGAAAUUGCAGAAUAUAAAAUUUGCGACCUGUCGAAACCGCUAGAAGAGAUUCAAAAAUCUUGGCUGGAAAAGAAAGACCCUGUAACUUACGAGAUGGAAGUAGCCAAUGUGACACCCAGCAAUAGCGACGAGAGAUUCUUCGCAGUGCUGAAACUCGGCGAUCGGACUAAAAAAGUUUUUCCUAGUGGUAGAGAAAAUUUGUCAAUAAAUUGGCAAGAGUGGCUGCAACACGUUGACGAAAACUAUUGGCAGUUAGAAGAAAAAACUGAUGAGUUAAUUAAGAGUGUGCAAACAAUCUUCAAGUCGACAUUUCCUGAAUCCGUUUGCGAUAGUUGCUGCUUGUGUCGACAGAUUAAAAAACUUGAAAAAUUACAACAAAACAAGAUUGACAAAACAUUGAUCAGUGAAGAAAAAAAUACGGAUUUGAUGGCGAUGCAAUCCUCAGAACAGAAUCAAGCAGGAUCAUUAAUUAAUCAAGUUGCUUCAGAGGAUAAGAUUAAAACAAACAUCAUUAUCAACGAGGUUACUACAGAGGCCGAGCAAAUUCAAAAUCAUAUAAUGGGUAUUCAAGAGGACAAAAUACACGUAUUGCAAAAGUUCGAACCUCCUGCAUCUUCUAUUUCUGUUAGGAACAUUCCAUCUUGUUUGUGUGCCAUUCAGCAAAUGACUGAUAAGGGCAUAAGUUUAUCUGUAAGUAAGGAAGACAUUCCUUGGACUAAGGAAGAAGGAUUAUGUCCCGGAAGGAAGUAUAGACCAAAUGAAGCAGGUGCAUAUUCUUGCAAGACGUAUCCUGGAGAUAAAUUUUGCAGGCAUAAUCCUUUUAUAAAAGAAAUGAUGAAAAUGGAGAGAGAAAAAAUAGAAAAAUUAGAAGAAUUAAAAGAAAAGACAGAAUUCAUUGAAGCAGUUAAAAAAGAAACUCUAGUUCCUAAAAAGAAUAUUUUUGAGAAAAAAACGGUUAAAUUUAAUUUUGAUUCUGAUUAUCCUGUAUAUGACGAUUCUUGGAACAUAUCGCGAACUGCGCCCUCAAAAGUAACAAAAACAGAUUAUGAAACACCUUUGAAAUUGACAUCUUCAACAUAUAAAAUAGUAAUGCAAUCGUUGAACAAGGAAAAUAGCAACAAAAUAGAAAAAGAUAAAGAAAUUGACAAAGUAGUUCGUGAAAAGAAUGAAUAUUCUGAAGAAACUGUUGACAAGAUAGAUCAUCAGCAAAAUAUAUCGCACAAACAAGUGAUCGAUAAGACAGAAGAGAAGAUUGAUGAAAGGAGUCAUCGGAUAAACGACGAUAAAAAAUAUAUAAACAACAACUCUGAUCUUAUAGCGAUUGUAAAGGCCGAAUUACAGAAAAUGGCUGUAGAAGGUUACAUAUUUGCCAAAUUACCAAAAUGUUAUUUGAUGCCACAGCUUCAGGAUUGGAUCAUGUACAGGGAGGGUGUUGCUUUCUCGGAAACCGACAAAAAGAAUUUGAUGCAAGCAACUCGUGCCGUUUGGGAUUUAAUAAAUUUACACAUACCAAGAGAGAUUGAAAAACCAUCAUUGCAUAUGACAAAACCUCAAUUAAAAAGGUUGACCUAUGAUCAGGUCGAGAGGAUGAAGAAAAAGAUCGGAAAAGUCAAAGCGAUAUUCCAUAGCAAAGUACGUAAAGCACGUGUUUCUUAUUGCCGUAUGAUGUGGAAAACCAUGGAAUAUGGAAAAUUUCCGUCCGCAUCGUUCAAGAGAACUUUUUUCACAUAUAUGGCUAGCAAAGAAGCCGAUGGACAUGUUUAUAAGCCGUGGUUGCCUUCCGAAAUACACCAACGAGAUUUUAGUUUUUGUUGCUAGUAACUGUUGAUUAAUUCACAUACAGCAUUUAUUAAAUUAAUAUUAAAUUCUUUAAA